AUGAAGGAAGAUCUCGUGUCAGAUUCGAGAACUCAAUGUUGUUCGUAUCCGGCUACGAAGAGCAUCCUCUUCAACGUCAUAUUGCUUUCAUGUACGACUACCAUGGCCAGAUUAGGCUUUUUGGCUGUGCUUUUACAUAUUAUCCAAGUUAAUGCAAUUUCUUGGGAGGCAGCUCCUUCAACAUCGAUCGCAAAUCAGACUACGUCUUCGCUACCGAUUCAAACACCAAAGCCUUCUUUAAUUACAGCGUCGUUUCCCAGCAACAAUCAUACCUACGAGUCACCAAAUAUCUGUGGGUGGUUAGAUAAUUCCUACACAUGUGGGGGUUCCGCAACCUGCUUUUGGGAUUCUUCUCUUAAAUUAGUGGGAUGUGGACAUAUGACGUCGAUGGAUUAUUUCACCUCUUGCAUUCCCUACAAGGCACUUAGUUAUUGUGAUAGCUCUUGCUUUGCGAAUCCGAGUAUCGUUCGUUGUGGCUCCGAUAUUCCCUAUUGCGCAACUCCUCGUGUCGGGCCCGAAGGAAAUUAUUCAAUCCUUGCAUGUCAGGGACAUGAACCAUAUGGAAGAUCCGAUAUAAAUUUGGCGUAUAAAGGACAAACAACAGUCGGUCACCUUCCCAGAUAUCUUGGUGCGGACGGUAUUGUUACAUAUGCUACGAAUACACCGACAAUGCCAUCGUUAACCGCACCAAGCACCGGAAAUCGCUCAUCUCUUGGAUUCGACGGCGCACCCGUACAAGUCUCAAGCACAUUUUUCCAAAAGCCAUCAUCCAAUUGUCAUUCCAAGGCCUAUCAUAAUGAAAUCAGUGAUAUGAGUGUCGUCCCCGAAGCAGCUAUCGUGGCAGGAACUAUUGUAGGGAGUUUGGUGGUUAUAUGUGUAGUAGCUGGCUUCAUUACGUUUCUUGUUUAUAGAUAUAGGAGACGGAUGCCUACUGCUAGUAUGCAGGCGGAUCUUGAUAUGAUGCCGCUGGAAGAAUUGGUAGGGAGGAAAACUAGUAAUGGUCGGUUGUGUGGGCCGGCGCCUCGUGGAUCCAUACCAUCACGAAGGUUCUAGCUAGUGGAAUGAUCUAUCGGUCGAUAUAUGAGAUCUUACAUUACUUUUAGGAAAUAAUAACUCUACAUAGAUUUGAAGUCGUGCUAUUAAAAAAAUUCAUUGACAUAUAGAUCUUUCAAUGGACUGUUGAAGGCCACUGAAAUUACUGAGUCAUUGACAUUGAGGGGCUAAGUUAAUAGAAUGAAAUCUUUGUUGAGCAAGGUCUCUUUCUUUCUUAUGAAUACUACCAGAUGUGAGCGAACAUGAUUUCCUGUUCCAUCGUAAUCAACAAAAUUUCAAGGGAUUGUUCAGGAAGCGAUUCGAAGCCAUUUUCUAGAAGAAACAUAAUCUCUCGGUAGAAAACCCUCAAAUCCCGAAACUCCUGACCAAAUACUCUUUUUGACAUCCGAGUUUCUGACAGGAUUUUAGUCAACCAUGAGUCUUGAUCAUAUCAGCACACUUUUCUGCCACCAUUACAGCCGGUGCUUGUAAAUGAUGUGAAAUAAUCUGUGGGAAUAUGCUGGUAUCACAGACUCUUAAACCUUUCACACCAUGGACCUUCAACUGAUCGUCUACUACACCGGGGGAUUCAGCAUCAUCCGCAGGAGCCAUUCUGCAGCUAGAAGAAUAGUGAUAUAUCGUCCUGAUCCUACGCCUGAUGAAUUUAUCGAUUUCUUCGUCAUUGUUAUUCUUCGCAUCUAUGGCCUGUUUAUCUUCUGGAAAAGUAAUGUUCUCUUGUAGCGGGAAACCAGAAGCCCUCAUAGUCACUGCAAGUUCCAAGGAAAGUCGUACAGAGGCUCGGGCAACAACAUAGUCUUCAGGAUUUGACAGGAUGCCAAAAUCGACUUUGGGUCUCUGGUGGGGGUCUGAAGACGCAAGACGAACGGUCCCACGAGAUUUUGGUUUCGCGAGAGUGGCCAAGAUAGAGAACAUGCCCAUUUUGGAAAACAAACGUUGGUGCUCCUCUAAAUCAUCCAUAGCGGUGACAGCAAGAGGCAUGAGCUCAAUGUCUGGAAUCAAAUCCUGAAUCUGACUACUUGCUGUGGCAAGCUUUUCAUUGUCAAUUCCAGCAUAGUCCUGGUUGAGUGCUGAGGAUCGAACGAAUAGAGUUAUAUUAUUAAUGGGCAUGCUGAGAAUGCCGGAACGGAAAAAUAUGUAUUUGAAGAAUUCCAGUACGCCUAGCAUUGGAUGGAUCACCAGUCUAGUGAGUGAUUCCUUGACUGGAACUUUCCAUGCAAUUGGAAUACUGUGAUGAUCACUC